UAAGUCUAUAACUAUAAUCUAUCUUUCUUUCUGUCGGGAGAAGAAAGAAACUCUCCGAUUCGGCGAGGCAGAGGGACAAGACAAUUUCCAAGUAUCAUCACAACUCACAAAUCCAAAAACGUUAUUCCUACGCGAACGUACGAUUAUCGAGCGGCCACGGCUAUUACCGGACCCACCAAUCCGAACGUAUAAGGGCAUUUCAGUAAUUUCACAUGACUGAAUCGAAUUAUAUAUACCUUAGAACUUUUCCCACUUUGGUUUCCCUUCACUUCACGGUUCAUAAAUCAUAAUAACGUUGUUUGUUUUUUUGUUUACAUAUCCCCUGAAAAUUACGAGGACACAGAUUUGUUCCAGCGAGUCCGGGAAAAUCAACUCACUGAGCCAGACUCAGACUCAGACUCAGAUUUCUGACCGAGUCAACGCUAAUUAGCUAUGGAGCUGCAACUGGAUUCCAUGGCGGGAGCGAUCGGUGUGUCGGUCCCGGUGCUUAGGUUCCUCCUAUGCUUCGUGACCACCAUACCCGUGAGCUUCCUCUGGCGAUUCGUUCCGGGUCGACUCGCCAAGCACCUGUACUCGGCCGUGUCAGGCUUUCUUCUAUCCUAUCUUUCAUUUGGGUUCUCUUCGAAUCUUCAUUUUUUGGUCCCCAUGUUGUUGGGUUACGCUUCGAUGGUGCUAUUUCGCUCGCGAUGUGGGGUUCUCACGUUCUUCUUGGGAUUUGGAUAUCUUAUUGGCUGCCAUGUCUAUUACAUGAGUGGUGAUGCAUGGAAGGAAGGAGGUAUUGAUGCCACAGGAGCCCUGAUGGUGUUAACACUGAAAGUCAUUUCCUGUGCAAUAAAUUACAAUGAUGGGCUAUUAAAAGAGGAAGGAUUGAGUGAGACGCAGAAGAAAAAUCGGUUGAUUAAGUUGCCCUCAUUGAUUGAGUACUUUGGUUACUGCCUCAGCUGUGGUAGUCACUUUGCAGGUCCAGUUUAUGAAAUGAAGGAUUAUCUUGACUGGACUGAAGGAAAGGGGAUUUGGAGCCAUUCAGAGAAUGGACCCUCACCAUCACCAUACGGGGCAAUGGUUCGAGCCCUUCUUCAAGCUGCUUUUUGCAUGGCCUUGUAUCUGUAUCUGGUACCUCAGCAUCCUUUGUCCCGGUUUACCGAUCCCAUAUACCAAGGAUGGGGAUUCUGGAAACGGUUGAGUUACCAAUUCAUGGCUGGCUUUACAGCACGCUGGAAAUAUUACUUCAUCUGGUCAAUUUCAGAAGCCUCUAUUAUUAUUUCUGGCUUGGGUUUUACUGGAUGGACAGAAUCUUCUCCACCAAAGCCAUGCUGGGACCGUGCCAAAAAUGUUGACAUUCUAGGUGUCGAGUUCGCAAAGAGUGCAGUCGAAUUGCCACUUGUGUGGAAUAUCCAAGUCAGCACCUGGUUGCGUCGUUAUGUUUAUGAGAGACUCGUUCCGAAGGGCAAGAAGGCUGGUUUCUUUCAGUUGCUGGCUACACAGACUGUCAGUGCUGUUUGGCAUGGAUUAUAUCCUGGAUACAUCAUCUUCUUUGUUCAGUCAGCAUUGAUGAUUGCUGGUUCAAGAGUCAUUUACAGAUGGCAGCAAGCUAUUCCUCCAACUAUGGGUCUGUUUAAGAAGAUACUUGUGUUUUUGAACUUUGCUUACACAGUUUUGGUUCUGAACUACUCCUGUGUUGGUUUCAUGGUGCUAAGCCUGCAUGAAACAAUCGCCUCGUAUGGGAGCGUAUAUUUUAUUGGAACCAUCGUUCCCAUAGUAUUGAUCCUCCUAGGUUACAUAAUUAGACCUGCAAAGCCUGUCAGAUCUAAAGCUCGGAAAGAACAGUAAGGUAGACAACACAUUUUCUUCUCUUUGGAGUGGUCUGAUGAGAUCAGGAGAGGGAAGAAAACUGCUUUCCAUGGUUUCUCUUCCACCUUGUCAAUUGAUGAUCAUCUGUAACAUUUGUUUUCAGCUUUGAAUAUAAUGUUGCAUCAAUUCAUAAACUUUUCAUCUUUUCAGUUCUCUACUUUUGACCCUGUUCCACAUUUGAAUAUAAUGUUUUAGCUUUUGAUUUAAA